GCUUUAGAAUUCAAGAUAUGCAAGAUGCGUCCAUCUGCAAAAUCUCUUAUAUGCGGGGAACAGUGGAGUUACAGUGCUAACCAGAGAUUUGCCUCACUAGUAAAUGGCUAUACUCUUCUAGUGAAGGUGUAUUCACUUGUGCAUAGUGUUCUGCAUGUGGAUGUUUUCCGUUACUCGAGGUGUGAAGAGCUUGUGAAUAUUCGAGAUGUGCUUAUUGAAGAAUGUUAUGCUGAACUAGCAGAAGAAUCAUACGAAUCACAACAAAGCCAUGAUUUGCUGAAGGGAUUAUUUUUGGACCAAAUAAAGAAAGAAGAGAGUAUGUCUGUAUCUUCAAGAGAGGAAGAAAAGCAUCUCAUUGAAAGAUUGUUAAACUGGUUUUCUGACAAUAAAUCUGAUGCUCCAACCCGUAAGGUAACAGUUUUUGGCCCGUUCAGUCCUUAUGAGGCGAAAUGCUACAGUAUGACUAGAGUAUCCCAGUUCAGAAGUGCUUUCAUACAAAAGGAAAGCAUAAACUCUGUUGUUGUCCGUGAUGCUCCAGAAGAUCCCUUUCAGCAAUUGUUAGUGGCUGCAUCUUUAUCAGCAAAUGCAACUGGAUCUACCGUGUUUUUAGAGGAAACAUCUUUGAUGCCUCCUAUUCCUGGCCUGCUUGCACUCCUCAGUAUGCUGUUUGCUCCUGCUAUAGAACUCAGGGUUGAUAAAAGUGGAAAGUACUUUACUGGUGUUCUGUGUGGUUUGGGUUGGAGUCAGACUUGUGGGGCUCCACUGCUUCCAGAAAAUGACAUGGAGCUGACAUUUGAUGUGCACUUUGGAGUAGGAGACAUAUCAGAGAUAAACAUCCUAAGGACAGCCAUUAAUAAGCUGCUCUGUGAAUGUGCGGUAUAUUCUGGACAAGAGAGAAUGACACAGCUGCAGGAAAACAUUCGUCAGAAACUUCUAUGUUUAAUCUGUAAAUCAAAACCUCGAGAUAUAAUUGUUCCUACAUGGUAUGAGAAGCCAUAUGCAUGGAAUCAGGUGGAAUCUCAACUUAUCAUUGACCAGUCUGAAAAGCAGCAUGAAAGAGGAAAUGAUCUUUAUCAGCUACAUAAGCUUGUUGUGUUGAAUGUUUAA